AUGCCACCACGAAGAGAACAAAUUUUGGUAUAUUUACUAAUCAUCAAACAACUCCAAUGCAAGCGUAUUCAUCCUACUGACACAAAAUUUGAGGAUCUUCCAGGAAUGAAAACACCGUCAAACAAAUUGGUAAUGCAAGGAAAAGGAUCUAAAUUAAACACUGAUCAAUGCUGA